ACCUCCUUCCUCCUAAUUCCCUUCCCUCCUCUCUCUCUCUCUCUCCCUCUCUCUCUCUCUCCUUCUCUUCCCAACUUUAACUUUUCACCGCCUCCCACACCAAAAAUUAGUAUUAUAUUCCUCCAAAAAAGUAGAUAAUUAUAAUCACUGUAACGUAGAGAGAAAAAGAGAAAGAGAUCCAAUCUUGCAGAUUUAGUCCAAACUAAGAAUAAUAAACAGGGAAGCUCCCGAAGAAGAAAAAAUAUGGCUGAAGAAGCAAUUUCUAGUGGGUUUGUCCAAAACCCAAUUUCUGGUGGAUCCGAUAAUCCUCCUGCUGUCAAGAAGAAGAGAAACCUCCCUGGAACCCCUGAUCCUGAAGCCGAAGUCAUAGCUUUGUCGCCGAAGACUCUGAUGGCAACAAACAGAUUCUUGUGCGAAAUAUGUGGGAAAGGCUUCCAAAGAGAUCAAAACCUACAGCUCCAUAGGCGAGGACACAAUCUUCCUUGGAAGCUGAAGCAAAGAACAAGCAAAGAGCCAAGGAAGAGAGUUUAUGUUUGUCCUGAAAAGAGCUGCGUUCAUAACCAUCCUUCAAGGGCUCUUGGAGACCUCACUGGAAUCAAGAAGCACUUCUGCAGGAAACAUGGGGAGAAGAAGUGGAAGUGCGAGAAAUGCUCCAAACGGUAUGCCGUACAGUCCGACUGGAAAGCUCACUCCAAGACCUGUGGCACUAGGGAAUACAAAUGCGACUGCGGCACUCUAUUUUCACGAAGGGAUAGCUUCAUCACCCACCGGGCUUUCUGCGACGCCUUAGCUGAAGAAACAGCAAGACUAAAUGCAGCUUCCAACAUAAGCAAUUCAAUGGCAGCAGGGAAUAUCAAUUACCAUUUCAUUGGGACUUCGCUUGCGCCAACCAUGGCAACACAGCCUUUCCCCUCAGUUUUCAAGCCGAUAUCGAGCAAUGCAGAAACGAUAAUCAGACAAACCACUCGCGGGUUAUCUGUAUGGAUGGGUCAAGGAUCCCAAGGCCAUGAGCCACUGGCCGCAAACAAUACUACUCUUCAAGACCAAAUUCAUCAAUUUGGGCCUGCUGUGAGUUCAGUAGGGACUCUUUUUGGUGAUCCUCUUGUUUCGUGUUCGAAUCCUCCUGCGCCAUCUGAUUACCAACUGAACUGGGUUUUCGGAAGUAAGAUUUCAUCAAACAAUGCUCAUGAAGAUCAGCUCACAAGCAGUACCACUUCACUUCCUUUAAGCGAUGUUAAAGGAGGAGGAACUCAGCUUAUAAAUGUUCCUUCCUUGUACAGCACUCAACACCAUUCGCAUCAAACACCUUCAGCGAAUAUGUCGGCCACGGCUUUACUGCAAAAGGCUGCUCAAAUAGGGGCAACUUCGACUGACUCUUCAUUCCUAGGAAGCUUUGGGUUGAAGUGCAGUAAUAAUAAUGGUGGUCAAGUCCAAGAAGGGAACAAGUUCUGCGGCUUGUACUGUUCCAACGCAAUGUCCAGAAGCCAUGGCAGUAGUGUGGAGAACCCGGAAGCUGAUGUACCGCAGAUGUACCCUGCAGCAAAACGCAGGCACGUUCAGAGUAGUGAAGAAGGUGCAGGACGAGGAGGGCAAACUAGAGAUUUCCUAGGUGUUGGCGUGCAAACCAUUUGCCACCCAUCAUCAAUCAAUGGAUGGAUUUGAAUAUCAUAUGGAAAACCCACGAUGAAUUCAAUCUUAUUUUUAAUUUA